AUUACACUGAGGACACAUGUAGAGAUUGUCCACCGAACACCAUCAUGUUGGAUAAUACAACAUCUGAGGUUGACAUCAUAAGAUGUGUUGCCCUACCUGAGUGCUCAGAAUUGCAACAUACUGUGGCCAGUUCAGAUUAUCACAUGUGUCAUACUGGUAUCAGAACUCGUUGCCAUUGUGACAUUGACAAAGGCUAUUGUGGAGAUCCGUGCAAAUGUAGCCUUCCUAAAGAUAGCUGUAAGCCAGGAGAAAUUCGACUUCACAACUGUACCUGUGUCCAACCACGCCAAGAUCCAUCGAUCUCAGUUCAAACUACCUCAACAAUCGAGGUACCGACCUUCCGCCCUGAAAAUUUCACUGAGGCUACAGUCACCACAAAACCAGAUACGACUACAGAUCACGAGUUGCUUACUCCAUCAACCACUGUAUCUGACAAGAUUAUGAAACAACAGCCAUUAGACAAAGCUAAAUACAACUCUGAAUGGCCAACACCUGGAGGAUUAGCUGGAAUAAUCAUCUUGACAGUAAUUGUAACUUUACUAGGUGCAGUUGCUGUUCUAAACAGAGAAUUGAUAAAGAAGAAGUGUGAAUCACUUUGGAAGACUAUUGAAGGAUAUAGGAGGACAUCAAGUGAAAGUUCUUGAUGAAAGUAAUUACCCCCCGGUAUAUUAUUGUAUAGGUUGUCCCCGUAAAUGACAGAGGUUUGCGAGGAAACUUCAAACUAUGUGCUAGCAUAAUAUGGCAUGUUUGUCUGAAAAUCUUCGUCAUUUAUAUGAGCCAUUAAUGCCAUUACAAGACAGUUCAAUUUUGUAGAUGACGACUUGAUUUAAACAAGAGAUAGCCAUUCAGAGAAUAUUCUUUUGAAAGUGUAUGUUUUCUAUGCAAGCAAAUGGGAAUGUAAACAUACUUAUUUAUUAACUUAUGUACAGUAAGUUAUUUUGAUGCAUAGUGUUUGAUGUAAGAAUUUAGAAAUAUUUUUGUAAAAUUAUAUAUUGUAUUAAUGUGGAUGGAUAUAAUAGAAUUUACGCUCCAAACACAGAUACACCAAAUUUUUUUGAAAACAUAGCAAACACUAUUGAGGAUUUCGGUAACGAAUCAGAGAUAAUAUGUGGGGAUUUCAACUUAGUUUUAAAACCUAGCAUAGAUUAUGAAAAUUAUAAGCAUAUCAAUAAUCCAAGGUCUAGGGAUAAGGUAAUACAAAUUAUGGAGAGUUAUAAUCUUACAGAUGUGUAUAGAGAACAUUACCCUGAUAGAAAACGAUACUCAUGGAGGAAACUAAACCCUAGGAAACAAGCCCGUUUAGAUUUUUUUUUAAUAUCGGAAAACCUAUUAUCUAGUGUUGAGAAAGUAAAUAUAGAACCUAGUUAUAGAUCUGACCAUUCAAUGCCAAUAAUGAAGAUAAAAUUCAAUGAUUUCAAAAAGGGGAAAGGUCUGUGGAAAUUUAAUAACUCACUCUUAGAAGACUUUCAAUAUUUAGACCUUGUAAAAUCAACAAUACAUGGAGUAAAAAAACAAUACUCUAUACCAGUCUAUAAUUUUGCUAAACUUGAUGAAAUACAUGAUAAUGAUAUAAACUUUAUAAUAAAUGAUCAGCUAUUUUUAGAAACAUUACUUAUGGAAAUUAGGGGGAAAACUAUCUCAUACUCCUCUUUCAAGAAAAAGGAACGAGGUCAAAUAGAAAAUAAACUAAGGGAAGAAAUAGCAGAGCUAGAGGCUAGGGAAAUAUACCAUUAGAUGUCUUAGAGUUAAAAAAGGCUGACUUAGAAAAGAGCAGAAAACAGAAACUUUAGGGUAGUAUUAUCAGAUCAAAGGCAAGAUGGAUAGAGGAUGGGGAAAAACCGACAAGUUAUUUUUGCAACCUAGAAAAAAGAAAUUUUACUAAUAAAAUCAUACCUAAAAUAGAAAAA